UAAAGUCAGUCAAAAGACAAUGUUUACUCUUUUGGAAAUACAAUAAUCCGUAUCGACCUAUAAAUAUAGUCUUGUGAACCCAAUGCAAAGAAUGCGAAAAAUGAACGUUUCAUCAUCACAUCAUGUGGUUCUUUUCCCUUACAUGUCAAAAGGCCACACGAUUCCUCUCCUCCAAUUCGCCCGUCUCCUCCUCCUUCACCGUCGUAUAGCCCCCGGCGACGAUGAAGAAAAACAACCAACCAUUUCCGUCACCGUCUUCACCACCCCAAAAAACCAACCAUUUGUCUCAAACUUCCUCUCCGACGACGUCGCAUCAUCAGUCAGAGUAAUCUCCCUCCCUUUCCCUGAAAACAUCGUCGGAAUCCCUCCCGGCGUCGAGAGCACCGACAAGCUCCCAUCCAUGUCGCUUUACGCGCCCUUCACGCGCGCAACCAAGUCUCUCCAGCCUCUCUUCGAAGCAGCGCUUCAGAAUCUUCCCAAAGUGUCUUUCAUGGUCACUGAUGGUUUCCUAUGGUGGACAUCAGAGUCCGCCGCAAGAUUCGAUAUCCCGAGACUCGCCUUCUACGGCAUGAACUCGUACGCAUCGGCUAUAACAUCAUCCGCAUGGGUUCACGAACUCUUCACCAAACCGGAAAAUGUUAUAUCCGAUACCGAACCGGUUACUGUACCGGACUUUCCGUGGAUCAGUGUUAAGAAGUGCCAGUUCGACCCGGUUUUAACCAACUCGGAACAAUCCGGUCCAGCGUUUGAGCUAUUAAUAGACCAUAUUAUAUCCACCAAGAAAAGCCGUGGAGUUAUAGUGAACAGUUUCUACGAGCUCGAGUCAACGUUCGUUGACUACCGGUUCCGUGAUGACCAUGAGCCCAAGCCAUGGUGUGUUGGGCCUUUGUGUUUGGCAAAUCCUCCUAAACCGGAGAGUGAUAAACCGGAUUGGAUUGAUUGGUUGGACCGGAAGCGAGAGAAAGGACAUCCGGUUUUGUAUGUGGCGUUUGGAACACAGGCUGAGAUAUCAAACGAGCAGCUCAAUGAAAUAGCAUUAGGGUUGGAAGAAUCCAAGGUGAACUUCUUGUGGGUCACGAGAAAGGAUUUGAAUGAUGAAGUAACUGAAUCAGGAUUAGGGUUAGAAAAGAGAGUGAAAGAGAAUGGGUUGAUUGUGCGAGAUUGGGUAGACCAAUGGGAGAUAUUGUCACAUGAAAGCGUCAAAGGGUUUUUGAGUCAUUGUGGAUGGAACUCGGCACAAGAGAGUAUUUGUGCUGGGAUUCCCCUGCUCGCUUGGCCAAUGAUGGCUGAGCAGCCGCUCAAUGCGAAGCUGGUUGUAGAGGAGCUUAAGAUCGGUGUAGGAAUCGAAACCGAAGAUGGAAGUGUCAAAGGGCUCGUCAGAAAAGAAGAACUUAGUCGAAAGGUUAAAGAAUUAAUGGAAGGAGAGAUGGGGGAGACCGCAAGGAAGAAUGUGAUAGAGUAUGCGGAAAUGGCAAAAAAAGCUUUGGCUCCAGAGACUGGUUCGUCUUGGAAGAAUCUGAAUUCUCUUCUUGAAGAGCUAUGCAAGAGUAGAGAGGCAGAUGAUGUUAGUGAGUUGUCUAGUGAUAAACAAAGAGACUGAGGAUUGGAUAACCGAAAUGAAAACCAAUAAAAAUGGCUGGUUCUGUUGAAAAUCUGGUUAUAAUAAGUUUUUUUUGGUAGAAUUUAUAUAUAAUAAGUUUAGAGAAUAUAUCUUGGUAUUCUAAUUCUAUUUUGGUUUUAGUUAAUAUGAAAACUUUCAGAUUCAGUGUCAAUAGGAGACUUGUUCUUCUUUUCCUCUGAGUAUGAUCAAUUUCACAA